AUGGCGGACGACACCAGACUGGAGGCACACCGGAAGCUACUGGAACAGAAGCUGCAAGAGGAAAUGGACAAACGAGUGGCUGUGGAGACAAACCUGCAAGAGCAAAUCAGUUUAAACCAUGAGGAAACAAAGAAAUCCUUUGAAAUCAUGCAGAUUCAGCUGGGAAAAAUAGCUGAAAGGAUAGAAAUGUAUAACAGAGAUAAAUCAAUUAUGGGGGAAGGAUCUACCUCAGGCACAAUCCCAACCCCAUACACUGCACAACCAGAGCAUUUCACCAGACCUCAAACAGAACACAGAAAUAAUAGAGGGCAAGAAGUAAUGGUAAACCCAAACCCUUUCUCUGGUAAUUACACCCCUAACCCCAAGAUUGAUUUCCCCAGAUUUGAUGGUAGUAACCCUAGAACUUGGUUGUUUAAGUGUCAAGGGUAUUUUCAGCUGGUUUCUAACAUACCUGACACUCAAAAGGUAGUUCUAGCUGCCUUGCAUUUUGAGGGUAGAGCAGCUAUUUGGUAUGGGCACAUCUCACAGAAUAAUAGGGUUUAUUCUUGGGAUCAGUUUGUAGGGUUGGUUUCUGCUAGAUUUGAAGAUCUGAGGGAAGCUAAAGUGUUGGCUGAAAUGGGCAAGUUGAAAGUUACAAACUCUUUAGAGGCUUAUAUUGAUAAGUUUGAAGAACUUAGAGCCUAUUUGCUGAUGUUCAACACUAGGUCAUAUGAUGAUGAAUUCUUUCUGACCUUCUUUGUCAGUGGACUGCCUGAAGAGAACCAGAAGUUCUUUGAUCUGUUUGAACCUAAAUCUUUUCAACAUGCCAUUGAAAUGACUAGAAAACAGGAAGCUACUCUGGAGGCUGUUUCAAGGAGAGCUAAAGGAGGAAUGAAGCAGAUGAUGCCAUACCAGGGUCUACCAAGGAAGCUACAGCCAAAUCCUGACCCAAAUCAGAACCAGUUAACUAAGCCUAACUAUACUCCUCCUGCUCUAUUACCACCAAGGAGACUACUCACUAGAGAGGAAAUGAAGGCCAGGAGAAUGAAGGGCCUAUGCUUUAACUGUGAUGAACAGUAUAGUCAGAAUCACAAAUGUAAGUUUAGCCAAAUUUACAUGAUCAUGACUGAUGAAGAAGAGGAAGCUCAUCUGCUCAGUAUAGCUGAGGCAGAGAGUUUAGGGGAGGUUGGUUGUAAUGGGGAGGUUUCCCUGAAUGCUAUUGAAGGUAACAGUGGUGUGAAGACCAUUAAAGUUGUUGGGGAGGCAGAAGGGGGUCCCCUUAACAUUCUUAUUGACACAGGAAGCACCCACAGCUUUAUCAGUGAAGUUCUGGCUAGUCAACUCCACUGCCAUAUUGACAACACUAAUCCUAUGGCAGUGACUAUGGCCAAUGGAACCAAGACAACCAGCAGGGAAAUUGUUAAUGGAUUGGUAUGGAUGAUGCAAGGGGAACCAUUCACUUUUCCUUUGAGGUUGUUAACUCUCAAGGGGUUUCACAUUGUUUUGGGGUGUGAUUGGUUGUGGGAAAACAGCCCUGUGAAGUUUGACUACAAAAGGAGGUUUGUGAAACUCAAGAGAGGAGAUCAUAAAGUAGUAAUUACUGCCAAAGAAGAAUAUGGUGAUGGCAGUCUUUUGACUGUAUGUUCUGAAAUGAACAGAGAAACUGUUGGUUCCCCUAGCCUUAGUGGUCAAUUCUGCACCAUUCAGACCAACAGUGAUCUCAUGGAAGUGCCUGAGAACAUUCAAGAGUUAUUGGAGGAAUAUGCUGAGUUGUUUGUUGAGCCACAAGGGUUGCCACCAAUAAGAGGGGUUGAGCAUCAAAUCAUUCUUAAACCUGAGGCUAUACCUAAACAACUAUACCCUUACAGAUAUUCACACUCUGCCAAGGAUGAGAUAGAGAAAAUUGUUGAAGAACUAUUGGGGAGUGGGAUUAUUAGGCAGAGUCAAAGUCCUUUUGCAUCUCCUGUGCUGUUGGUUAAGAAGAAGGACAAUUCUUGGAGGAUGUGUGUGGACUACAGGUACUUGAACACCAUGACAGUUAAGCAUGAUUAUCCUAUUCCCAUUAUUGAUGAGCUUUUGGAUGAGCUCUAUGGGGCUAAGUGGUUUUCAAAAAUAGACCUGAGGUCUGGUUAUUUUCAAAUUAGGAUGAAGGAUGAAGAUGUUUACAAAACAGCCUUCAAAACUCACCAUGGGCACUUUGAAUUUUUGGUUAUGCCAUUUGGGCUUUGUAAUGCUCCAGCUACUUUUCAAUCUCUCAUGAAUCAAGUGUUUUCAAGAUACUUGAGAAAGUUUUUGUUGGUGUUUUUUGAUGAUAUAUUGGUGUACAGUUCUAGCUUGGAAGAGCAUAAAUAA